AUGGCGCUGGUGGGCGACCUAGAGCUUCGUCCCCAGGAGACCUCGGCGGUUGGGGCUGCGAAUAGCACCAUGGAUGAGGCACGCCUCUUGGCACACACCGUGGUGGCGUGCUUGUGCCGGGACAAAGACGACACCGACCCGGAGCAAGUCAAGAGGGCUGUCUAUUCAUGGCUGGGCGUUUGGGAGGUCGACAUCAAGGUGGUUCGCCACAAGCCGGAGGACUUCCUCAUUGAGUUCGAGCGCCCACACCAUCGUGACACGGCGCUGGAUCUGCGUCGCCUCCCGGUAGGCAACAUCGACAUCAGGAUCAUGCCUUGGCGCGUCCUCCCCUACGGCGACCACUACGACCUUCGGCACCCCGUCACCACCACGCAAGGUUCCUCCUUCCCCUAA